UCUUGUUUUACCGUGCUAAGCUGCGUGUUACUUUAACACCAGUCGGUGUUUUGGAAGUGUUGGACAUGAAUCUGUUCAGCUAGAUAAUACAACGUUCAUUGUGUAACCCUAAGACUGACUGCUAUAUUUGGAGAGAUUACGAGUUCUAAAUUUGCGAACGGAACGAAGACUCAGAGACAGGACCCAAAAGCUAACUAUAAUAUACAGUGAUCCAAGCGACUUUCAAGCUCUUUACAUAUGUUUUUAUACCAUAGAGUGGAUCAUGGUGGAUGUUCCCUUACUAACUCAUAUAUCUGAAACUACAGACUGCAGCUCAUCUUCCUGCCAGGCAUCAUCUGCUUCAGACGAUUCUGUUCCUGAAGGCUAUUUAAUCUUGACAUUCGAUAAAAAGAAGAAAGCUGUUUUAAAAACCGCUGUGUUUGCAGAUGUUUCGGAUCCUAGAUUUGCAGAUGAUUAUGAAGAUGAUGAUGAAGAUGAAAGUAAUGAUAACUGUUGGCCACUUCAUGAGUCCAAGUUAGCUGUUCACCAGCAGGAAAAUGAUGGCGUACUUGAAAAUGAAGUUACUGAUGCCAAAGGUUUUUUGUCAAAACCUCUUGUUAUUUCUACGGAUGCAGCUGACAAAACUUCCUCUUCAUCUUAUACUUCAUGUUACGGCGAAGCCUUUUGGGUUGGUGAAGAUGAGCUAAACGUAAAACAAAAUACUACAAGUUCUUGGGAUCUAUCGCCUGGUAACAAAGUAUCUCAAAGUUUAAUACGUACUAGUCCUUUGACGUGUGAUACUCAUUCAGUAACUCCGACUUCAACUUUACAGUCAUCUACUGAAAGCUGGUCUUUGAGCACACCUCAGUCAACAAUAACUCGACUAACCGGCACUUUCCCUUAUCGCAAAGCUACAUAUCCCAUUAAUCAUCUUGCCAGAAAAUACAACCAUAACACGUUUUCAUCUCACUUCCAGCCUAAAUGGCCUAGAGCAUUUAAUGUCCAUUUAGGUGAUCAUUCCAAAAAGAUGCUCAGGUGUGACCAAUGUGGCAAAUAUUACCGUAAUGAUUAUAGCCUACAUCAUCAUAUUUGCUUAAAGCGCAAAGAUGUGUGGAAGAAAGGUGAUGUGCCGUCUGAAAUGAUUGAUGGUCAAGUUAUGUAUUUUUGUCCCAGUUGCCGUAAACCUUUUAAAUGGCUUGGUAACCUUACACGACAUUUCUAUGUGCAUACAGGUCAAAGAUUCUUUCGGUGUGAUAUUUGUUCUAAAGAAUUUUUCUCUGCUUACCAAGUUAAAAGACAUAUGAAUUCACAUACAGGUGUCCGUUUCAAAUGUGAAGUAUGUGACAAACCUUUUACAUGUAAAUACGCCUGUGCUUGGCAUACUAGACAACAUUAUGCUUAUUCAUUAAAAUAAUAAAUUUUAAGAAUUUCUCUCUGAUUCUUCCAAAUGAAUUUUUAGCAACGAAUAUAUACAUACCUACACUUUGCUUUUUUACGUUUCAAUGAAAGAUAUUCAAACAUACACCUUGCACAAUGAUUUAUUUUUUUACUAAUAAAAUUUCAAUAUUAGCCAAUGUUUUUAAUAUCUUUCUUGUAUUCAAUAUAUAUUAUAUCACAUUAAUAAUUCACGUGCCUUAAGUUACGCUACAUAAUGCUCGCCACCAGCUUCUUGGAUAUUUUGAUAACUUGUGAGUAUAUUUAUUGAUAAUAUACACUUACAUCACACUUUCUAAUCAACUGAGAGAUUGCUCAAUUCCCUCAUGGUGUGUUUGUUACAUCUCACUGAUAUUUAAUUAAAACAGUAUUCUUUUAUAUUAUAAUUUUGCCUCUUAUAAUAAUUAUCAACUGUGGCGGGUAAUAAAUACAAAUACUGUGCUGUGACGAAGAAAACCUGUUUGCUCCUCUUACUAGCCAUUAUAGUAAACACAGUCGUUGAGUAUUUCUUUGUUUUUGUAACUAUUUUUUUAUAUACAUGUUUACACUGUUUUUGAUAGAGUAUCGUAUUAUGCAACAAAAAAAGUGAACAAACAAACAAUCUGACAUAGGUGACCCCUCGUCAACACCUGUUCUUCCAAAUAUUCCUAUCUCCUCUAUCAUUAUUACCUACUUUGGAAUCUGUUGUGCCUUGCUUUAUUCGGUUACAGUAGCUGUUUGCCUCUUUGUAUGCACUUGGUUUUUAUAUAUAUUGCCUUUUUUCCUAAUUAUUAUUAUUACCAUUUAUUAUUAACAAUCUAAAUUCAAGAAUUUUUUUGUAGAAAUUGGUGAUUAUUUUUUGCUUGGUUUCUUAUUGUUAUUCUGACAAUUUUAAUGAAAAUAAAGUUUUUUUUAAAAAAAAAGAAAGUGCACUCGUAACUGUUUUAUGUGUAGUUAACAUGUUUUAUCUUGUUGUCUUCUUUCUAUCCAUCAAACUAACAUUUUGAAUAUAAGUUGGUUAUGUAUAA